GUCAUGGCUUCCUCCAGCAGUGUCCUGAGUGAAGAUCAGCUCCAGUGCUCCAUCUGUCUGGAUGUGUUCACUGAUCCAGUCUCGACUCCAUGUGGACACAACUUCUGUAAGAUCUGUCUCACAGAGUACUGGGACAGCAGUUCACACUGUCAGUGUCCAGUGUGUAAAGAGGAAUUCCCUAAACGACCUCAACUACGUGUGAAUACGUUCAUCUCUGAACUUGCUGCUCCAUUUAAGAAGGCAGUUCAGGUGAAAUCCAGCAGCGCUGCAGAAAAACCCACACAAUCUGUGGUGCUCUGUGACGUCUGCUGUGAAAAGAAAUGUGCAGCCAUGAAGUCCUGCCUGAUCUGUAUGGCCUCUUACUGCAAGAUUCACCUGGAACCUCAUGAGAGAGUUUCUUCUUUUAUGAAACACAGACUGAUGGAUCCUGUGGAGAACCUGGAGGACUACAUCUGCCUGAAGCAUGAGAGACCCCUGGAGCUGUUCUGUAGAGUCGACCAGACGUGUGUGUGUCAGUUCUGUACUGAGGGAGAACACAAAACUCACAACACUGUUCCUAUAGAGGAGGAGAGUGAAGAGAAGAAGACUGAGUUGGGAAAGACACAAGCAGAAGUUCAGCAGAUGAUCCAGGAGCGAGUGAAGAAGAUCGAGGAAAUCAGACACACUGUAGAACUCAAUAAAAAAAACACAGAGAAGGAGAAAGCAGACAGUGUGAAGGUCUUCAGUGCUCUGAUGUGCUGCAUUGAGAGAAGCCAGGCUGGGCUGCUUAAGGUGAUGGAGGAGAAGCAGAAAGCAGCAGAGAUGCAGGCUGAAGAGUUCAUUAAAGAGCUGGAGCAGGAAAUCACUGAGCUAAAGAGGAGAAACACUGAGCUGGAGCAGAUCUCACACACUGAGGAUCACCUCCACCUCCUACAGAUUUACCCGUCACUGUGCAGCCCUCCACACACCCAGGACUGGACUGACGUCACAAUUAACUCUCAUCUGAGUGAGGAGACUCUGAGGAGAGCUCUGUCUCAGCUUCAGGAAACUCUCAGUGAGGAAAUGCAGAAGGUUGAAGAGAUUAACCUGAAGAGAAUUCAACAAUAUGCAGUGGAUGUGACUCUGGAUCCUGAUACAGCCCAUCCUGAACUCAUCCUGUCUGAUGAUGGGAAACAAGUGAAAGAUGGAGACACAGAACAGAAUCUCCCUGAUAACCCAGAGAGGUUUAAUUAUUGUGUCAAUGUGCUGGGAAAGGAGGGAUUCUCCUCAGGGAGAUUUUACUAUGAGGUGCAGGUCAGAGGGAACACUGAGUGGGACGUAGGAGUGGCCAGAGAGUCCAUUAGCAGGAAAGGGGAGAUUACAGUCAGUCCUAAAGAUGGGCAAUGGAGUGUGUGGCUGAGGAAUGAGACUGAAUAUAAGGCUCUGGACUCUCCUCGUGUCCCCCUCUCCUUGAAACAGGCUCCUCAGAAGGUGGGGGUGUUUGUGGAUUAUGAGGAGGGUCUGAUCUCCUUCUAUGAUGUUGAUGCAAAAUCUCAUAUCUACUCUUUCGCUGAUCAGAAUUUCACUGAGAAACUUUAUCCAUUAUUCAGCCCCAGUCUCAAUGAUGGAGGUGAAAAUUCAGCACCACUGAUCAUCUGCCCUGUUAAUAAGAUCUAAUCAUCGCUUUUAUUACCUCGCCUGGGACGGAUUCCUCCAGGGGGCGAGGUAUCGUUUUCGGUCGUGUUUCUUUUGUUUUUUUGUUCACAAUAUUAUGGGAAAAUGGCUGGAUCAAUCUUCAUGAAACUUUCAGGAUAGAUGGACAUUGGUUUCAAAUAGAACCUCCAACAUUUUGAGGGUCAUCUGGUCAAGGUCACCAAAAAGGUCAAAAUUGUUUUUCUUGUGUCUACUGCCUCAUAUAGAGGCGCUAGCCACUACGCCAUCGUGCUGUAAGAAUGUGAGUGUAAUAGUCGCGCACUGUACUGUACAUGCACAUACACGUGUUCCUAUUUAAAUGUCCGGUGAGUGUAUACAAUUCGGUUCACCAUUCAGGAUAAAUGGACGAGACUAAAGAAAUUGCUUUCAGACAUGUUUAUGCUUAUUACAGAGGGAAAGUGUGUUACACUGAGCUCUAGCUCAUAAGAGUUUGGGUCAUGGUGACAGCGUGUGUAUGUCAGCCUCGGUUCAGAGGUUUCAGUUUUGAAAACUGUAAGAGGUAGGAGUAGAAUAAUAUAAAGUACAGACACUUGGUAUAUUUUACUUCUGUGAUUUUUAAAUUGUUCAAUUCUGGAUUACGCUUCAUUUUUGUGGCUACUGAUUCACAGAGUAAAUAUAUUGCUGUAUUUACUGGAUGGACAUGGGAUCAGAAAACUGUUUUAUUUACGAGCAGGAGCCACAUGGACCCAUAGGGGACCUAUUUUUUUUCAUGAUAUCUUCCUUGGGGGCGGCACGGUGGUGUAGUGGUUAGCGCUGUCGCCUCACAGCAAGAAGGUCCUGGGUUCGAGCCCCGUGGCUGGCGAGGGCCUUUCUGUGUUGAGUUUGCAUGUUCUCCCCAUGUCCGCGUGGGUUUCCUCUGGGUGCUCCGGUUUCCCCCACAGUCCAAAGACAUGCAGGUUAGGUUAACUGGUGACUCUAAAGUGAGUGUGAAUGGUUGUCUAUGUCUAUAUGUCAGCCCUGUGAUGACCUGGCGACUUGUUCAGGGUGUACCCCGCCUUUUGCCCGUAGUCAGCUGGGAUAGGCUUCAGCUUGCCUGCGACCCUGUAGAACAGUAUAAAGCGGCUAGAGAUAAUGAGAUAUCUUCCUUCAUAUUUAUCAUAAAUGCUACCGGGCGAGGUUUGUUUUGCCUGGCAACACUUGUUUUAUUUUAGUGUUCAUGCUGUCUUGCAUCAGAUGGAGUUGUUCCAAGCUUUAAAUGCUCUCACAUCUCCUCCUUUCAAAUGGUAUAUAUUUUGCUGGGUUUUUCCUGCCAAAAUAUUCUGUUGGGCAUCAUGGCAGGUCAUUCAUUUUAUUUCUGAAAUCUUCCUAUUGCAUUUUUUUUUUAAAUUAUCUCAUGGUUUAAAGGAGACAGUCUUGAAAAUCAUGGCAGUGUUAAUCAUGGACACAGACACAAAUCAUACCCAUACAUACAGUAUAAUAUGGAGUUCAUCUUUCUCAAAGGAUAUGGAAUGAAAAUAUGUUUUGACUUUUGAAAAUUGCUAACAGAAGCAUGAAUCAAUCAUUCUCUUAGCAUUAAUAGUUCUCUCUGUAAAUGUAAUAAUUGGUUGUUUGCUGUGGGAUAAAACACUUCUGAACAUGUUCUUAUUGGAAAAUAAACUUCAGGGUGGUAACAGUGACUCCGCUUCAUGAUAUCAGCACAACACCAAGUGUUUUAUUCCCUGCUUAGAUCAUUAAAGCAGAUAUAAUGUUUUUUGAUGUUUUAAAUUGAG